GAGACUUCAGAAAAGGUCCUUGGGUUGGAAAGGUUUCAAUGUAUACAGUUGUUUUGCUGUUUCGACGUUUCGAAUCGUUUGCACGUCUGACUUAUGUCUGGGUACUCACAUGCAGUAAACGUGAUUUGUCUGUCAAAUUGACAAGUCGGGGAGUACAGUGGGGUUUAUAUAAACAUUUUUUAGACAUUUUCGAGGUUUCUCGAGCACCGAUGUUGUUAUUUUUUUAAAGAUAUUUACUUUAAAGAGGUAAAACGCGCGUUUUGUCAACAAGCGCUGUGUUACAGGAGGUUUACGAUAUGCGCCACGUGCUACCGGAUAAUAAUGACCAAGUUUGUCUUGGUCAUACACAAUGGAAUGAUGACAGAAAAGUGAGAUAUGACAGGACAGAAAAAUAUCCAACUGUGUUUUACCUGCGUAAUAAAAAUUGAAAAUAAAAUCAUUUGUCACGUCUGCCACAACUUUGAUGAUACAGUGUCUAAGAAGAUUAACGCUUGCUACAGUCUAAAGCUGACCGUUGCAUAUCAGUUAGACAUGAUAUCCUUGUGGGUUUGUGCAGCUUUGCUUGUGGUAGCACAAGUUGAGGAAUCGUCUGCAGCUCCCACAGUCACAGAUCAGCUACAAGGGAAUUCGUCGAAAGCAAAUACCUCGACAGCAAGAGGGGAGUUCUCUGCCUCCGCCUUCCAAGCGAUCGAACAGGCCAACAAUGCAGAGGCAAACUUACGAAUGUCAGACAGAAGCGGGCUUUUUUUACACGAGGGAGAUAUCGAACUAACAGAAAGCCAACGAAAAAUGAUCAAAACCCAGAUCUCUAGCGGACGACAGAAGCGCGCUACAUUAAGAAGUCUUUCUAAGCGUUGGAUGGAUUCAAGAGGUCGUCCUUUGAUUCCCUACUACAUCGAGGGCAGUGUGGCGCAUGCCCGCGGUGUCAUAGAUCAAGCCAUGAGACACUGGAUGAGUAAAGUUCCUUGCCUGAGGUUCGUUCGAAGAACAACUCAUCGUAACUACGUCAGUUUCUUUUUUGGAGGAGGCUGCUAUUCCAUGGUGGGACGAAUUGGAGGAAGACAAAAGAUUUCCAUUGGGCGGGGCUGUGAUCAAAUUGGCGUGGUUGUUCAUGAAAUUGGACAUGCUCUCGGGUUCUGGCACGAGCAAUCCCGUCCCGAUAGGGAUCGUUACGUCAACAUUCUCUGGAAUAACAUCCCAAGCGGAGUCCGCUCCCAAUUCACGAAGAUGUCGACAAGUACCAUUAACUCGCGCGGAAUCUCGUAUGAUUACGACAGCGUGAUGCAUUACCACUCUACCGCGUUUGGUAAUGGACGUAUAACCAUCACACGCAAAGAUGGAAGCACCAGGCUGGGAAACAAUCGAGGACUGAGUUACAAGGACAUCCAACAGGCAAAAUUGAUGUACUGCCCCGGACAACCCACAAGAAGACCUGUUACUGCAAGACCAAGGCCGCCCACGGGUUGUCGAUAUAAAGACAAUAACCGAAACUGUCCAUUUUGGAAAUCCAGGGGUUACUGCACGCACACACAUCGGACGUACAUGAGACGAAACUGCCAAAAAAGUUGCUUCUGCGGAACAAAUACCAACUGCCGUGACCUUGAGCGACACUGCCCAGCUUGGAGACAGAGAGGUUACUGUCGGCGAAACUCGCAGUACUACACCUACAUGUCAAAAAAUUGUAAAAAAUCCUGUGGCUCCUGCUAAACCAGCUUAGUCUGCGAAGCUGGAAAAAUGUGAAAUCACUCUGAGGCAAAGUUUGUUGUAGCUACACGUUUUUCAAUGCGUUAAUAAAUUGUUUAUUCUCUAUCUGAUUUUUUCAAUAAAUAAUACCAGGGUAUU